GUCUUUCUAAGCAAGCAUGCCUUUGCGUAUAGCAUCUUCCAACCCAAGCCCAUGUGUUUCUUUCCUUCAGGGUCGUUCCGUGACUUUCCAAAAUGCUAGAGAUAAGAACUGGAAUGGAAGCAGAAGAAAUUGUACAACCAAUGAUAACCCAUGUUAUUCUUUCCAUCCUAUCUCAGGAAAACACAAUGAAAAUUUUCUUUUAUUUGUCUUUUGAGAUACCCCUAUCAAAUCAAAAGAAGUUGGUUGGUAGUGAACUUCACUCCUGUGGGUUUGGGUUACUCUUAUCAAGUCAUUUUCAUGAACUUCUUUGUUCAAGGAGUAGCUUGAAAAUUGAACAGCAUUUGUAUUUGUAUUUGACCUGAAGUUUUCUUGAUAGUCCUUAGCACUGUAGGGUAAACAUUUCAUGUAAAUGUUAUGGAUGCGUUGAUAAACUUCAGGCAUGUGAGUGUGCAGUGAUGCAGGGAGAUGAAGACCAUCUUUGGGUAUAUAAGGAGGAGUUGUAGAGCUCUGGCAUCAGCGUGGGAUCCAGGACGAAGCAGGGUGACUGGAGGUCUCUUUGGAAACUGCCAGCAAGAGAUCAUCAUGAAGUGGCUGAUCCUCACCCUGGCCUGCCUCCACCUCUCUGAGGGGUUGUUGAGAAUUCCUUUGAAGAAAGGCAAGUCCAUAAGGGAAACAAUGAAGGAGAAGGGUGUGCUCCACAAAUACCUGGAGAAACGCCGCCACUAUGACCCUGCCUACAAAUUCUUCAAUAACUUUGCUACUGCCUAUGAGCCCCUGUCUAACAACAUGGAUAUGUCCUACUAUGGGCAGAUCAGCAUCGGGACACCCCCCCAGGACUUCUUGGUGCUCUUCGACACUGGCUCCUCCAACCUGUGGGUGCCAUCGACAUACUGCCAGAGUGAGGCCUGCACCAACCACAAUGUAUUCAACCCUAGCGAGUCUUCCACGUUUUCAACUCAGGAUCAGUACUUCUCCAUACAGUAUGGAACUGGCAGCCUCGCUGGGAUUUUGGGCUACGACACUGUUACGAUCCAGAGCCUUUCCGUCGCAAACCAGGAGUUUGGCCUGAGUGAGACUGAGCCUGGCACCAGCUUUGUGUAUGCUCCAUUUGACGGCAUCCUGGGUCUGGCCUACCCUUCCAUUUCUGCUGGGGGUGCCAACACUGUGAUGCAGGGCUUGCUGCAGGAAAACCUGCUGGAUGCCCCCAUCUUCAGCUUCUACCUGAGUGGGCAGGAGGGCAGCCAAGGGGGUGAGCUUGUCUUCGGAGGUGUUGACUCCAGCCUGUACACAGGCCAAAUCACCUGGACUCCCGUCACUGAGACUACCUACUGGCAGAUCGGGAUUGAAGGUUUCGCUAUUGGUGGACAGACCAGCAGCUGGUGUAGCCAGGGCUGCCAGGGAAUUGUCGAUACAGGAACCUCCCUCCUCACUGCUCCUCAGCAGAUCUUUUCUGAGCUGAUGCAGUACAUUGGAGCUCAAGCUGAUGGCAAUGGCCAGUACGUGGCUAGCUGCAGCAACAUCGAGAGCAUGCCCACCCUCACGUUCAUCAUCAGCGGCGCCAGCUUCCCCUUGCCUCCCUCCGCCUACAUGCUCCAGAGCAACAGCGGCUACUGUGCCGUUGGGAUUGAAUCUACCUACCUGGCGUCCCAGAACGGGCAGCCCCUGUGGAUUCUUGGGGACGUCUUCCUGAGGUCUUACUACUCGAUCUAUGACCUGGGCAACAACCAAGUGGGCUUUGCUGCUGCUGCAUAAGCAGAACCAGCUCCCAUGCUGACCAUGUUGCUGCUUCCCCUUGCCCAACGCUGCAGCUCCUUGUGCCUCUGUGUGUCAAAGCAUCUGGUGGAGUCUCUUCCCCUCAUCCAUGUCUGCAAAGUUAGCAGCCUCUCUCC